AAAAGCCAGAUUAGGAUGACUCAUCAGAAAUUGUGAGCGUGUAUAAAAGGAGAAGAGCUGUGGGUUUUCUGUGCAGAUCACUCCUUCACACACACACAGGAACUUCAUACCCAAUACACGAGGGCUAAAGGCACUGCAAGAACCUGAUCUACAGAAGAUGGCACCCUACACUAUCACAUACUUUGCCGUGAGAGGACGAUGCGGCGCUCUGCGGAUCAUGCUGUCGGACUUGGGUCAGGAGUGGAAGGAAAUUGUGGUGAACUUUGAUGAAUGGAUGAAGGGAGACCUGAAGAAAACAUGUGUUUUUGGACAGUUGCCGAAGCUCCAGGAUGGUGACCUGGUUUUGUUUCAGUCAAAUACCUUUUUGAGGCAUGUGGGCCGCAAACAUGGUGCGUACGGGAAAAAUGACACCGAAGCCGCCCUGAUCGACAUGUUUAACGACGGAGUCGAAGAUCUGCGUAUCAAAUACUUGAAAAUGAUCUACCAGGAAUAUGACACCGGCAAAGAUGCAUACAUCAAGGACUUACCGAACCAUCUCUCCAAGUUCGAGGCUGUUCUGGAGAAGAGCUCAAGCGGAUUCCUUGUCGGUGGCUCGAUUUCCUUCGCUGACUACAGUCUCUUUGAGGUGCUGUUGAACCACCAGGUGCUGAGCCCCACCUGUCUGGACUCUUUCCCUGCUCUGAAUGGCUUUGUGCAGAAGAUGUCCAGUCGUCCCAAAAUCAAGGCUUUCCUUGACUCCGAUGCCUACAAGAAACUGCCCAUCAACGGCAAUGGCAAGCAGUAAUACAGCUGAACAUGUUACAAGCUGAAUGUAGAUAGAUCCACGUUCUCAAUUUUAUAAAGCUGACCGUCUCGCCGCAUUUCCUGUCUAGCACAGCUUUUGUUCUGUAUGUGGCUGAAGUUUUUUUUUUUUUUUUUUUUUCUUUGAGAUCUUUUUGGUACUCUUUUUUCAAAAGUGACUAAAUCGUUUCUUGAAAAUAAAAAUUUAACCAAGA